AUGCGUCUUUCUGAGAGAACAGCCAACGGCGCUUUCACCAGAGUCAACACCAACUACGGUAAUGCCGAUCAGCAACUCAUAGGCAGUGACGUGCCAGGUGCAGGACUGAGUAGCUCGACUCACAUCGCCAGGGUCUUUCAUCACGCCCCGGUCACCUCUCGUCCUCUCCCUAGAGUCGGCUCCACUCACCACGUGUGUCAUACCAAACAAGCUCCUCAUGGGCAUGUGACUGCAGACUACUCAAGAGGCAUCCACAACCCCGAGCCGCAGCCCCAGCCUGCCACGACGCAACUUGGACUGACGUGGAGAGAAUCGACCAUGAACAAUCAAGCCCAUGUCGAUCGGCACCUGAUGAUGUUGAACAAUUUGCAGCCACGUCUCAACGUCCCUUCCAAUCCGAACUACCACCACUUCGAUGAGGGCUCUCUGGAUUACAGGCGCCGCUUCGAAGCCGAGGAGCCAGACCCGGAAGACCCAGCUAACCUCAAGUGGGAGUCAUGGGCUCUACGCAAGCUCAUCAAGCAGAAGCUGGGUGUCGAUGACGAGCAGAUCAAAGUGUUCCUGAGCCAUGAGUGGCAGGAUGCGCAGGAGAGAAAGAUCAAGCGGGAGGGACUGGCUGAAUUGGAGCUGAAGCAGGUCUGGCAAGCACAUCUUGCGAGGAACUAUGGUCCGAGUGCAAACCAACAGCCUCGACAGCAGUUUGCUCAGUUCGGGGACUACAGCGGUCGUCAGCGCUAA